AUGUUAUUGGAUGAUCAGCUGAAGUAUUGGGUCUUGUUGCCUAUUUCCAUUGUUAUGGUUUUGACGGGUGUGCUCAAACAGUACAUCAUGACACUUAUAACGGGGAACAAUGCUAGCGAAAGACAACCGAGGGUGAAACUAACUGAAUGGCAAUACUUGCAAUGGGCACAAUUAUUGAUUGGUAACGGUGGGAAUUUGUCAGCAGAUGCUUUUGCUGCAAAAAAAGAGUUCCUUAUCAAGGACCUUGCCGAGGAAAGACAUUUGGCCAAAGUUAACGAACAAGAUGGGUCACAGGCUGGAGAAAUGCCCAAUCCUUUCAACGAUCCAAGCAUGUCAAAUGCUAUGAUGAACAUGGCGAAGGGAAACAUGGCUAGUUUUAUUCCUCAGACUAUUAUAAUGUGGUGGGUAAACCAUUUUUUUGCUGGAUUCAUUCUUAUGCAAUUGCCAUUUCCUUUAACGGCAAAGUUCAAAGAGAUGUUACAAACCGGUAUUGUUUGUCAAGAUUUGGAUGUCAGAUGGGUAAGCUCUAUAUCGUGGUAUUUCAUCUCUGUACUCGGGCUUAAUCCGGUAUAUAACUUGAUUGGGUUGAACGAUCAGGACAUGGGUAUCCAAGCCGGAAUAGGUGGGCCACAGGGUCCACAGGGUCCUCCACAAUCGCAGGUAGACAAGGCAAUGCAUGCGAUGGCCAACGACUUGACCAUUAUUCAGCAUGAGACUUGUCUUGAUAACGUUGAGCAAAGGGUUUUGAAACAGUAUAUGUAA